CCCUUCCCUCCCCGUGUGCGCAGUUCUGCUGCAGCCGAGCUCAGCUGCCCGGUGCGACCAGCGUCACACGUCAACGAGUCUCUGACGGCAUCGUCGGAUGUCAACCCGCUGCUACGGGAUAGCACCAAAGGAAAAAGUCCAAAGAAAGGUCGGCCAGUCACAGAAGAGCGCAGGAGAAAUUGAAGUAACCCAAACCAUAACUGUUCCCCUCUCUAUUUUGGUUCUGACCAAGUGGGUAUUGUUCUUCAAAUGGAUAAUGGAGACUGGGGCCAUAGGAUGACUGCUCCUGUUACCCUGAACGUGGGAGGCCACCUGUAUACCACCAGUUUAUCCACCCUGCAGCGCUACCCAGACUCCAUGCUGGGCGCCAUGUUCAGGGGAGAUUUCCCCACUACUCGUGAUUCCAAGGGGAAUUAUUUCAUCGAUCGGGAUGGAACACUUUUCCGAUACAUCCUGAACUUCCUGAGGACGUCCGAGCUCACCCUCCCCUUGGAUUUUACAGAGACAGACCUCCUGAGGAAGGAGGCGGACUUCUACCAGAUCGAGCCGUUGAUCCAGUGCCUCAGCGAUCCCAAGCCGCUGUACCCUCCUGACAUCUUCGAGGAGGUCGUGGAGCUCUCCAGCACUCGCAAACUGUCGAAAUACUCAAACCCGGUCGCCGUUAUCAUCACACAGCUAACUAUAACCACGAAGGUCCACGCCCUCCUGGAAGGUAUUUCCAAUAACUUCACCAAGUGGAACAAACACAUGAUGGACACCAGAGACUGUCAGGUGUCGUUCACCUUCGGUCCUUGUGACUAUCAUCAAGAGGUGUCCCUAAGGGUUCUCCUCAUGGACUACAUUAUGAAACAAGGUUUCACCAUCAGGAACACGCGUGUGCAUCACAUGAGUGAACGUGCCAACGAGAACACGGUGGAGCAUCACUGGACUUUCUGUAGACCAGCUAUCAAAGUUGAAGACUGAGUCACACCACAGAUGAUGUGGGUGAAAUGUAUCUUUUAUAUUACAUAAAUCUUUUUUCUUUUUUUUUACCCAACACAUUUGGCCCCCUUUUCAGUAAUGUAUUACCAAUAAUUCUUUUUUUUAUGUUGAUCAACGUGUCUCUUGACAGCACAAAAACUGUAAAAAUGUGAAUUCUGGAUUUAUUAAGUGUUUGAUAAAUCCAGAAGACUGUUAUCAUAGAAUAACACUGUGCUAACAAUACAUAUUUGACAUUUCUUGAGGUUACAAAACAAACUUUUUUAUGAAGCAGAAUGAACUUAUAAUUAUGAUUUUAUUCUUUAGGGAUACUAUUAAACCCCAAUGAUGCAAAUAUGUGGCUGCAUUGAUUUUAUUUUAAGCAAUAAUUGUGUUUUUAAUGUGAUUCCAAUACAUGCAUCUGUUUAAACCUAAAGUGGGAAAUAAAGUGAUAGUGAACAUGUUGCCAUGAAUGUAAAUUUAGACCACGAUCUCUGAGCAAAAAUGUAAAAAAGAAGAGAUUGUAAAAGUUGUCUUGGUCACAAGUCAAGUCACAAUAAGGAGUGUCCGUCUUUUUCCUUUUCUUUUUUGGACAUCUUAAUAAUAAAUUAUAAUAGUCUUUACCCCAGUGUCUUUCUGGAGAGUUGGCAGUAGGUUUUAGUCUCUUAGAGUAUGGUACUAUUUCUGAAGAACCUGGUAGCUGUUGCAUGUCUGUCUUGUAUAUAUUUAUGUGUAUUUGCUGUGUGUGCUUUGCAUUACAACGUCAUACUGUUACACUUCAGAGGUCAAAUCAACAUUGAUGUGUUUGGUCAUCCGAGCCAAAAUAAACCCAUUUGUGUAUUUGUCAGUUA